AUGACAAUGCUAAACUCUCAACAUCUAUCUAACAUGACAAUGCCAAACUCUCAACAUCUAUCCAACAUGACAAUGCCAAACUCUCAACAUCUCUCUAAUACGACACCGCCAAUCUCUCAACAUCUCUCCAAUACGACACCGCCAAUCUCUCAUACGAACGAACCAGAACAAGCCAAUUCUAUACAACCAAAUAUUCAGCAACCAGAAUCUCAACAGCCCGAAAUUCAGCCACUCAUUUACUCAAACUAUAUGCCAAGUUCAAGUAAAACGAUUAACACAGAUCUCAACCAAUCAAUGGAAAACAAUGUUUCUAGUUUCUUUUCAAAAUUCAUUUAG